AAUAGCAACAAUCCCCCAAACCCAAUUUUGUAACUAUUUUCAUUCUGUUAAGACUCAGAUUCAGAUUUGAACAUGUUCUGAGUUAAGCAUUUGAUUCAUUUUUUGUAUCAAAUGAUUAGCUAUUACUUCUAUCUAUUUACAAAUUAUAUUGGUCUAUAUGCAUAUUUGAUUUGUGGGUUUGUAUUUUUUUUUUUUUUGAGAGCAAUUCAAACAUGGGUUUUACUAUAUCAUUAAGUGUUUCAUGAGAUGAUCUGGAUUUGGUUUAGGAAUAAUAAUUGCUACCACAAGAAAUUUUAAAUGGGUCUUCAAAGAGGAGAUUAACUGGAUUGGCAUGUGAAUCUGGGUUUGAUUGUUGGUUAUCUCUGGUGUGAAGUUUCAAGACUCAUUGGUGUUUUCUUCCAAAUUCUGAUAUUGGGAUGGGUUGUCGGUGCUCUAAACUCAGUGCAUGUUGUUGGGUUUCGGAACCAAACGGGCCAAUUCAUGAGGCAACGAAAGUUGAUUUUGAGGUUUGGACAUAGCAGUGCCUUUGGAAAUGUUUGUUUUAGACACUGCAAUUUUCUUUGGAUUGAAUUCAAUUCAUAUGGGUUUUGCAUUCAAUUCAUAUGAAUUUUGGAAAACUAAAUAUAAAUUUUGGACAUAGCUUUGUAUGUAUCUUGUCUGUGUUUUCCAUUCUGUAUGCAGAUUACAAAAUGGCUUGUUCCUCUAGUAACAAUAGCAACAUAAGAUUGAAACGAAGAUUGUGCGAUUGUGGGAUAACAGCUGCCAGGCACACUGUCAAGUCAAAUCAGAAUGGAAAUAAAGGCCGUGUGUACUUUGUGUGUCCAUCGAAAUAUGUUAGUGAGGAACACUGCAAUUACUUCAAGUUUGCAGAUGAUAAUGAUGACGACGAGAUCUUCAAUGCUACACCUCGUACAUCUAUAAGAAGCGAAGAAUUUAACGAUCGAAGCACAAGGGUUUAUGAGAUGGAUAAUGAAUUUGAGGAGCAUAGUAGAAGGCUUUGA